AUGUUCUCCAAUCAUCACACUCUUCCCAUUCCAACCACCAAUUCCUCUCUUUCCUCUUCUCCGCUUUCCUCCUUCUCCUCAUCUCCCAUACAAAACUUUCAUCCAGUCAUGAUUCAUAACAUGAGUACUUCUCCGACUUCACCUCCGUUUCGAACCCAUGACAUGGAUGGUUGUUUUCAUUCGAAUAUGAGAAUGAUGCAUCAACAACAACACUCUCAACACGUCAUCCUCCUUGAUGUAGGUGGACAAGUGUUUAAAACCACUCGUGAAACAUUGUGUAAAUAUGAAGGAUAUUUUAGUGCGUAUUUUCGAUUUUUGGAUCAUCAAGGCUCCGAAAAUAGAAAUGUGAAUAGUAAUGGAAAUAAUAGUCAACAGCAACAGCAGCAGCAACAACAACAGCAUGGAAUGCCUCUUGAAAAUAGUGGAAUGACCAAUCAUAAUGUAUCGAAUUUGAUGAUGCAUUUUCAUUCAGAUCAGCAAUGGAUAAAUUUUCAACAAAAUUAUAUUUUUCUUGAUCGAAAUCCAGAAAUAUUUAAAAUUUUAUUAUCUUGUUUGAGAGUCGAUCGAACUCAAAUGGAAGAUUGUCUUCCAGUGGACGAAUGCACACUCAAACAACUCUACAAUGAAUCUCUCUUCUUCUCUAUUAACGAACUGUCAGAAGUCAUUGAGAGGAAAUUAUUUAGAAAAAAGAAAUUUGGUUCUGUCGGAGUUGGUUUUGAUAAAUCCAAAUAUAUCAGUUUUGUAACCUGUGAAGGAUUAAAUUCUAAAACCUCUAAUCAACUAAGCGCUCCCAAUACCAUCUCAGAAGUCUACAAAGUACUGCAUGACAAUGGAUGCACGGUCGAACAUACCAUUUAUAGAAAAGCUGUGGAAUCAAAUAUUGAUUCUAGAAUAUUUCCAACAGAUUCAGUUCAGAAAAAGUCACAAAUUGUCACUAUUAUUGUUUCUUAUUAUGAUUGA